UCCUCUACUCAGCCUUCCUCAGAGGGAUGUAUUCCAGACGUCUGCCUGCCCACUGCUAUGCUGACUUCUGCCACCAGGAGGUGCUAUACCUGGACAGAGUCAUCACCAUGCUGCGGGUGCUGAUCAGAACAGUCCAGGGUCCUCCAGACAUCAUGAUGUUUCUCCAGAGAACACAUCAACGCUACCAGGAGUCUCUGAAGGAGGCCCAGAUCCAAACUCAACCACACCUGAACCUGUCCUCCAUCCAGCCCUCUGCAGCUGUGCGUCAGUACCUCCAGAGCUACCAUGACAUUGUAAAUGAGGAGCCCAUCUACUGGCUGGUGUCUCUGCUGCCCAGAGCCCUGCUCAGACCAUACCUGGCACAGAACCUGCCCCUGGGAGAGAGGACCAGACCAGACCCCAGCCCCUGCCUCUACCCCUGGCUAAACCUCUUCCCCUGCCCCUGCUACCAGUGGGGGGGAGAGGACAUGAAGCCAGACCAGAGGAACCAGAAGGAUGAGUCUGGGACAUAUUACAGGCAUCUACUGGAGAAGUACCAGGAUGUGAUAGACGUCUAUAAGGCUGUCAACAUCUUCAGAGUCCAGAUGAUCAACGAGAAGUCUCUCUUCACCUCCAGCUGGUUUCCCACUGGUGACGAGGAGGAAGAGGAGAACCAAACCAACCUGUGGUCUGUGGAGUCGGAUCCUGACGUUAGGGUGAAGCUGUAGCAGUGCAGCUGUAGAAUACAGGGAGCUGAGUGUGUAAGGCUGUGUGUGUUGGCUUUCACACUGGGCAGGACUGUUCCACUUGUCAGACAUAUUCCAAUAUUCCACUUUUAUGUUGGUAACUUCCCCCAAAUAUCUACUGUUUAAACUGUAUUAAUGCAAUAACACAAUGAAUGUUCACAUCUAAUAAUUGUCAACAAAGGAGCUACAAUAAAAUAACAAAUAUUUAGGUCAUGAAAUCAAAGAAUGAAAAUGUGUGAACUGUUCAACUGUAUUUUCUAUAUGGGUAUUGCAAUAUGAAUAAUACACAGCCAAUCACAUUGCUGUGCUCGAUCUCAAUCAGAAGAAUUGCUCUGGCUAGCCAAUAAACAGAUGGUAUUUCUUCCAAGAAUUGACCAAUCAGAAAAAGCUAAGGUUGCCCCACUAGCAGUGGGUAAAUAUUUGAAUGCUCCAUUGUAUAAACUAAUGUAUUUAUCCUGUGUGCAUGUUUUACAUUCAU